AUGGCGAUGGCGGCGGUGGAAACUCGGAAGCCUGAUGACUCGAGGCAGAUCCAUCAGCAAGGCGCCGUGUCCGGUGGCGGCGAAGGGCUCCGGCAGUAUUAUCAGCAGCGCAUACAGGAGAUGCAGCUACUAGUCCGUCAGGAGAUUCACGAUCAGCAGCGAUUAGAAGCUCAACGCAAUGACAAAAUGCCGGAGGAGCCUGGAUCAUAUGUGGGAGAAGUUGUCAAAGUCAUGGGAAAAUCUAAGGUACUUGUUAAGGUCCAUCCUGAGGGGAAGUAUGUAGUUGUCAUUGAUACGAGCAUAGACAUCACAAAGAUUACGCCUUCAACAAGGGUUGCUUUACGUAAUGAUAGCUAUGUGCUCCACUUGAUCCUACCUAGUAAAGUUGAUCCGCUGGUGAAUCAUAUGAAAGUAGAAAAAGUUCCGGAUUCCACUUAUGACAUGAUUGGUGGUCUAGACCAACAAAUUAAAGAGAUAAAAGAGGUGAUUGAACUUCCAAUCAAACAUCUUGAAUUGUUCGAGAGUCUUGGUAUUGCUCAACCUAAG